AUGAAAUUCAAGAUUUCCGAAGAAGACAGCGCCAUUCGUUUCCCCUCUCCAUCUGAUUCCCAGCUUAUGGAAUUGGAACAAAUCCGCAUUUCGAAACCAGACGAUGAGGAAGAAACCGAGUCACCAUCAAAAACAGAGGAAUCACUUCCUCUGUCUUGCGCGUUUACGAGGCAAGAACAUUGCAUUUCCGAGUCGAAAGAACGCGAAGAAUCGAUAAAAAGACUGAGCAGCCUCAUCUUUCUUUACCUGGUCGUCAUGACCGUACAGAUCGUCGGAGGUUUCAAGGCCAAUAGCCUCGCGGUGAUGACAGACGCUGCGCAUUUGCUCUCCGACGUGGCGGGUCUCUGCGUCUCUCUGUUGGCGAUCAAGGUCUCGAGCUGGGAAGCGAACCCUAGAAGCUCUUUCGGGUUUAAACGUCUUGAAGUUUUGGCAGCGUUCUUGUCUGUUCAGCUCAUUUGGUUAGUCUCUGGAGUUAUAAUCUAUGAAGCCAUUCAAAGACUUCUUAGUAGAAGCAGAGAGGUUAAUGGCGAAAUCAUGUUUGGGAUUUCGGCUUUCGGGUUUGUCAUGAACUUGGUUAUGGUCAUUUGGUUAGGACAUAACCAUAGCCACCACCACCACCAUCAUCAUCAUCAUCAUAAUCAUGAUCAUUGUCACAAAGAGGAGGGGGAAGAGGAAGAAGAAGAGAUGGAUCCUUUAAAAGGUGGUUUCGAGGAGAAACCGUCGUCGAAGGAGAUGAACAUUAACAUACAAGGAGCUUAUCUACACGCGAUGGCGGAUAUGAUUCAGUCACUUGGUGUUAUGAUCGGUGGAGGAAUCAUUUGGGUGAAACCGGAAUGGGUUUUAGUUGAUUUGUUAUGCACUCUUGUUUUCUCUGCUUUUGCUCUUGCUGCUACUCUCCCAAUGCUCAAGAACAUCUUUGGGAUACUUAUGGAGCGCGCGCCGCGCGAUUUGGAUAUAGAGAAGCUCGAGAGAGGGCUUAGACGUAUCGAUGGAGUUAAGGUUGUUUAUGAUCUUCAUGUAUGGGAGAUAACAGUUGGGAGAAUCGUAAUGUCUUGCCAUAUCUUGCCUGAACCUGGAGCUAGCUCUCAAGAGAUCGUUUCUAAUGUUAGAAACUUUUGUAGGAAAGCUUGUGGGAUAUAUCAUGUAACAGUGGAGGUUGAAUCAGAGUAGCAAAAACAGAGAACAAGAAACUUUUAGAUUUUUUUUGUUUGAAAUAUAGAAAGUUAUGAAGUCGCAUACUAAUCGCAAAUCUUAUUCACAUCUAAUUGCUAG